AUGAAAUUUUUACACAUUUUAUCUCUGUUAUUGGUGGCUUUGGUGGCCUACGCCUCGGCUCAAAUGUGUCCAGGAAGUCCACGUGCUCCCGCAUGUGCAGGCUCUCGAAGUGAUGGUCGCGGUGGCCGAGGUUGUGUACCCCGUCGCAUGUGGUACUGGGAUGGUCGUUCUCGACAAUGUCGUGAAAUGCGUUACUUGGGUUGUGGUGGCAACAGCAAUCGUUGGUGUUCUCUGGCUGCCUGUCAACGCAGAUGUCGUCGUCGUUGAGUUUUCCAAAAUUGAGCUUUUCUUUUAUAA